GAUCCGGUGAUGUCCGUGGACACCGGCGGCAAGCCCCACCUGGACAUCGACGUAUGGCUCCAGAACCUGGACCUGCCCCAGUAUUCCGUGCUCUUCUGCAAGUACGGGGGCGUAGAGGAGAUCCUGUGGAUGUCCGAGAGGGACGUGAAGGAGCUGGGCGUACGGAAUGGCGCCCACCGCGCCAUCUUGGUGUCCUCCCUCAUUGUCCUCAAAAGGAAGUACGACAAAGGUUCGCAAUCGCGUAAGUCGGUCGGCACUCUGCUCUCCUCUCGAUAUCGAAGCAGUGGCUCCCUCGUACAAGUGAAGGAAAAGCCCAGCAACCUGGUGGGGAAGACGGUAUCCUACCCGAGUGUCCUGGUGCACUCCGCCAUCACGUCCCCCGUGGUGUCACUCAAGCGCUGCAGUUCCAGUUCCUCUAGUACCGGUUCUAGUCACAGGUCCAGCAUGGAGCAUCCAGUGACGGUUGAGACGUCUCCGGAGGACCUCAAGAAGGCGCUUGAGUGGGAGCUGGGCCUGGACAGCAGGGACAUGCGCAGCCACGCCUGGUACCAUGGCACCAUCCCACGCCAGCGAGCCGAGGAACUCAUGACGGCAGACGGCGGCUUCCUUGUCCGCGAUUGCGUCUCUCGUCCCGGGGACUAUGUUCUCACCUGUUGUUGGAAAGGGGCACCGCUGCAUUUCGUCAUCAACAAGGUGGUCCUGCAGCCCUACACAGUGUACGAGCGGAUCCAGUACCAGUUCGAGGACGACUGCUUCGACACAGUGCCAGACCUGGUCACCUUCUACGUGGGCAACAAGCGCCCCAUCUCCGCCGCCUCCGGUGCGGUGGUGUCGCGACCUGUCAACCGCAGCAUGCCGCUCUCCUACUAUGCCACGCGAUACGGCAUUGAAGUCCACAAUGCCAACUCGCUCGAUUCGGUGGUGGCACCGCCCGGCGGCAACACGCAGCUCCCACCGGAGCCGCAGCUCCCGCAAAAGAUGCACCACCCGUUCGUCGCUGGCCUGCCACCCCACUCCCCACACACCCCGGCGUUUGGCACGCUGCGCGGGGUCCAGGGUUCGAACCCGGGUUCCAACUCCCACCAGCGGAGAGGCUUCAUUCGCGUCGGCAGCGACCCCAUGUUGAGCCCCACAAUGGAACGCCGACCGUGGGACCACCAUCGGCCGCUCUCAAGCACGGCCAGCUCCGAAGGCGCCUCAGCAAACGCCGACGCCGAGGACAGACCACCACCCAAACCGAGCCGCGUCCCGUCGAGGCGUCUCCAACAACGUCCCACCGGCACGCUUGGGAGAGCAAGCCGCAGCCACGACCAACCUACGGCCGCGCAGUACGUCAACAACAGCGAGGGGCAGGGACACGUGUACUCUGAACUUGCCGAAAACGGCAUCUCGACGCAUGCAGACGCGCGAGAGCCACACUCGCCUUCCGAAGUGAAGAAGAAGGUUGCGACGCCGCACCGAACCCCUCGCGGUCGCGUCUGUGCCACGGUCGCCACGCGGUGUUCGGACCCCGGCAAGAUUGACCGCGUCGUGACGGUGCCAGAAGCGGAUCCCGUAUCAACGUUUGCGCCGGAUGCAUUCGCCACCACUUUGUUGCCGUCGGACAACAAGCCACUGGAGAAAAGUGCUAUGGAGCGCGUGCGCGGAGUGUUGUUGGAGGGGGGGCCACGCGUGCUGGCGCACCACCUGACCAGGGUGGACCUGGAUCUGCUGUUGGCGGAAAAGGACCGGGGCCUCGGCGUCAUGUCUGGGCUCGAACUGUUGACCCUUCCGCAAGGGUCGAGGCUACGGAAAGACCUCUUGGAAAGGACAGAGUGCCUCAAGCUGUUUGUGGCAGCAACGGUGCUGACGUGCACCGAUGAGGCAGAGCGUGUGGAGCUGCUCAACAAGUGGAUCCAGGUGGCCGGCGACACCAAGACAGCCCUGGGGAACCUGUACGGCUUCACGGGCAUCAUGCUGGGCCUUGCCAUGCCGCAGAUCUCUCGGCUGAAGACGACGUGGCUGACGCUCCGCCAGCGUCACACGGAGACCGCCCUCGCGUACGAGACCAAGCUUCGGCCGGCCCUGAAGCACAUGCAGGAGUGCAGCAACCCACAAGCACCCAACACCUGCCUGCCCUAUCUACUCUCCCUACUGCUCAUCCUGGAGCACGAUUUCGGCGAUCUCGGCUGCGCCCAGAGCCGCAGGGGCUCCGACGCCUCCUCGCUCGAGCUCUUCCCCUGGGAACAGUCGACGGCAGACUACGGACUGCUCCUGCUCGUGUCGCAUCUGGAACAGGGACGCUCGCUGGCACAGCAGUUGCCUACGCUCCGGCGCAAUGGCCAGAUCGUGCUGGAGGGCAUCAAGACGGAUGACAUCGCGCUGGACGUGUUUCGGACCGAGCUGCACCUCCUGUUCCUCUGGGGCGCCAAGGGUGCAGCGGUGGCGGCCGGGGAGCGCCACUCGAAGCUGGGGCAGGUGUUGGGAGUGAUGUCGGUGCGGUGCGAACCCACGGGGACGCCCGUGUGAACCGUCG